UGUUGUUCUUUGUCCAUGGUUGCAGUCUGGGAAAGUGUACAUUCAGAGGAGUGACACUUCAACCUUACCUUCAAUGUCUGAACAAAAGCUGCAAAUGAAUCAUGAAGGCACAUCAACACAGGUAAAGCUCAAUUCGCCAUUAAGGGCACCUCUGAACCUUUUCGAUGAAACAAGCUUAGAUUUGAAGCUUGUUUCAUCCUCAAUGCCAUCAAGUAAUAAUUACCAAAGCGUAUGUACUCUUGACAAAGUGAAAUCAGCACUUGAGAGAGCAGAGAAAGAGCCAAUCAAGAAGCGAAAUCCUGUCUGGAAACCAUGUUCAUCAUCACCAUCACCUUCGUCAUAUUCAUCUUCAUCCUCUUCCAUGAGAGAAACUCAGGAAGAAGAAAGUGAGGAGAAAUUGAUGUCAUCACCAAUGGCAGCUGGAUGCCCUGGAUGUUUGUCAUAUGUGCUGAUCACGAAGAACAAUCCCAAAUGUCCAAGGUGUAAGUCGGUUGUUCCUUUCCCAUUGAUGAAGAAACCUAGGAUUGACCUCAACAUAUCAAUCUAAGAGAUUGAGGAUAUAUAAUGAUAGCAUCUGGAAAAAUUUCUGUCGAUUCUGUAAAUGAUAGAUAAAAUUAGCAAGGUCGUUGAAGGAUAGGAUUAUUUGAUUAAGAUAUGUUGGCCAGGUUUAUGUAUAUUGCAAAUGGAUUGCGGUUUUCUUAGCGAAGCUAAUAGAAUAUUUUAUACUUCCUGUAUA